AGACUUACUACGCCUGACGAUCUUACUUUAGCCAGAAGUUGCUUGGCAUCGGGAACGAACACUGCCGGUCCCUCAGUGUUUGUACGCGCUCCCACCAAAAGAAUCGACAUAGGACCAACUCCCUCGCAGAGUUCCUUACCGUACACCUUAGUUCUAAGCCGGAGUACUGCCCAGUGCAAGUGACAGAUACGCACAAAGACUAACACAUCUCCAUCGCAAGUCUAGUGAUUUAUUUUCGCCAUCAAUCACCUCAGGGUUUCUAGUUUUAAUGGGGCUAUUAUAGAACAGAGAAACGACGACCUGGAGAAAAUAUGGCGUUUCAGUUAUGGCCUUUUAUCCUCACGAUUACUCUGUACAUAGUAAAUAUUCUAGCUGUUGAUCCGACAAUAUAUUCUGAGCCAUCAGUUGCCCCGGUGUCCCCCCAGCUCCCCGUCGAUGAUAUUACAAAACUGGUAAAAGAAUCUGUAGUAUUUCAAUGUCCAGAAUUGGGGGAAAAGAUUGACUGGCAAUUUAAGAAAAAUAAUGAAACUAUUACAGUGCAUAGAAACAAUCGGACUUAUGAAAUCGCCAAUCUCAGCCUUGCACAUGAUGGAACAUACAUCUGCCAAUCGGGUUCCAGGGUUGUAAAGCAAUUUCGGUUAACUAUCUAUGAGCCACCAUAUUUUACGAAAAAACAUCAAAUGGGACAAAAGCUUAUUGUGAAACCAGCUGGAAAUAUGGCACAGUUAAAAUGUAAAGCUGCUGGAACACCAAUGCCUAAUAUUACCUGGUUUAAGAAUGGCGAAACACCCAACAGACAGCUCGGUGGCAUUAAAUAUAAUCACUGGACACUGACUCUUGAAGAUCUUGUUACCAACGACAGCGGGAAUUAUACAUGCAAAAUCUGCAAUUUUGCAUGCAUUAAUUAUACUUACAGUAUUGACGUAGUAGAGCGAUUUCCGCAUAAACCGUACAUCAAACCAGGCUAUCCGGAAAACAUUACGGUUCUUGUUAAUUCAACGGCAAAGUUUGAAUGUCCUUUGAUGAUUGUCGACUUGGAGCCUUUCAUUUACUGGAUUCACUUUAACUCAUCAUACGCUUUCGACGAAAACAACCCCAAGCCUCCAGAUGAGAACGAAAUCAAGACUGGAGAUGCGUUUGAACCUGAAACAUUAGAACUUUUUAAUGUUACAUAUCAAGAUGAAGGUUGGUAUGCCUGUGUGGCUGCAAAUAGUCUUGGACAAACAGUAUCAAAGGCUUAUUUGACUGUAGUCGAUGUUUUACCAGAUAUUAAAGAUCCCAAGGAAAUGACUGUUAAAAUAGGGCUAAUAAUAGUUGUAGUUGUCGGAGUUGUCCUUUUACUGUUCCUUUGCAUUUGUGUUUAUUACCAACAGAAGAUCAAACGUGAAAAAAGAGAAAAAAUGAUAGCAGUGGAAACGGCAAGAGCAGCAAUAAUAACUCAAUGGACAAAGAAAGUUAUAAUUGAAAAAAGCAGCAAUGCUACAGAAGAUGUUACCGAGCCAUUGCUAAUGCCUGUAGUAAAGAUUGAAAAGCAAAAGACAAAAGUGAGCAAUAACGGUGAUGGAAUGAUUUCAGAAUACGAACUUCCUAUGGAUUGUGAUUGGGAGAUGUCCAGAUCGAACCUUCACCUCGGUAAAAACCUUGGAGAAGGAGCUUUUGGAAAAGUCGUCAAAGCAGAAGCAGUGAAUUUAUUAAAACCAGACAGCAAAUGUACGGUUGCAGUUAAAAUGCUCAAAGAUGGUCACAGCGAUAACGAGAUGAUGGACUUGGUAUCAGAGAUGGAAAUGAUGAAGAUGAUUGGAAAACAUAUCAAUAUAAUAAACCUGAUCGGAUGUUGUACUCAAGGAGGCCCACUUUACGUCAUUGUAGAAUAUGCACCUUUUGGAAACUUGAGAGACUUUCUAAGACAACACAGACCAUCUUCAGGCUACGAAAUAGCAGUCGGUAUGGAACAUAAAGAAAAGAAGACUUUGACUCAAAAGGAUUUGGUUUCUUUUGCUUACCAGGUGGCUCGAGGCAUGGACUAUUUAUCUUCCAGAAGGUGCAUUCAUAGAGACUUGGCAGCGAGAAACGUACUGGUUAGUGACGACUACAUAUUGAAAAUAGCGGACUUUGGAUUAGCUCGAGACAUCCAUUGCAACGACUACUACAGGAAGAAGAGCGAUGGAAGGUUACCAGUGAAGUGGAUGGCUCCAGAAGCCUUAUUUCAUAGAGUAUAUACGACAAAAAGCGAUGUUUGGUCCUAUGGCAUUUUACUGUGGGAAAUAAUGACAUUAGGUGGAACGCCAUAUCCCUCCGUGCCCAGCGUAGAGAAACUGUUUCAUCUAUUGCGAAAUGGACAUAGAAUGGAGAAACCUCCAUGCUGUUCGUUGGAAAUAUAUAUGCUGAUGCGGGAGUGCUGGAGCUACCAGCCAACCGAACGACCUGUCUUUAGCGAGUUAGUUGAGGACUUGGACCGAAUUUUAACAAUAACAGCCAACGAGGAGUACCUGGAUUUGGGUCUUCCGCAGCUAGAUACUCCACCAUCGAGUCAAGAAUCCAGUUGCGACGAAGAUUUCCCUUUCCCCCAGUAGAACUGAGGGAAAGUCAUUUUAUGUAUUGUGAUUAUUUGUGACAUUAUUCUGACGUAAGAACGACAUUUUGUGCAAUUUAUACGUAGCUGUCUCGAAAUCUAGUGUGGCAACUUCGUUUGAGUGGCCAUUGUGUAUUUUUAUUAAAAGAUCUCGUUGUAAGAUGUCUGAGUGGAGCACCUGCAUUUUUUAUUUAUACAACUCUUUUUUAUACCUGAAGAUAUUAACUAAUGUUUUCAAUGCUAGUAAUGCCAAAAGAAAUUUUCUGCGUCCAUUACAAAAAAAGGAAACGUGAAAUAGUUGUUGCAAUAAUUAAAUAAAACUGUACUUAAAUUCAAAAAGAAAUGCCUGUUUUGCUCAAAAAUUAUUAUGUACAUAUAUUUUUUGAAAUUUGUUUGUUGAUUAUUUUUAAGAAUGUUUGUCAAAAUUGCAGUAUGUAAAUAAAUUUAUUUAAAAAAAGUGAAACUUUUAAGCAUUUCUUAUGUAUAAUUUCUUUAAGCGUGUAUAACAGUAUUAAUAACAGGAAUAUUCAAUCAGUUCAUGUAUUUGUUAGCUCGUAAGGAUAUGAUAUAAUUGUAAAAAAUACAAAUAUUGUUCGAUGUUUUCCGAUAAAUAUAUAUAAAUAAUACUAUUUGCAUUUACGUCACAUAAUUUAAUUUCAAAUAAGACUUUAGACAAAAAAAAUCAGUAUAAUGGAUAUAUUUUCUAAGACUGUAUGUCAUUAUUAGCUUUGAAUGUAGAUUAAUAAAUGUUUUUAAUAUGAAA